ACUGCAGGCUUUUUUGUUCGAAGAAGUGAAACAUCGUUACUGCUGCUGUAGUCAGCACCUCAGUGGACUCUGGACGUGUCUGUGGACGUCUUCCUACAAAAUUGGACAGACGCGGAGGACAGACAGAAGGUUUUGACAGCUGUAUGGGACAAAACAGUUCACAGGGUGGCAAAAUGACGACCCCUGUCCGUGUCAUCGUGAUAGGAGCUGGCAAUCGAGGGGAUAACUACUCCCACUAUGCAUCGAUCCACCCUGAACGAGUUAAGGUUGUUGGAGUAGCUGAUCCAAGGAAAUUUGCUCGCACUAAACUUCAACAGCAACACAAAGUUGUAGAUGAAAACAUAUUUGAAGACUGGCCCAGUGUCAUCGAAAGAGAGAAGUUUGCAGAUGCAGUGUUAAUUUGUACUCCAGACCGCCUUCAUAAGGAACCUGCAGUAGCCUUUGCACAGAAAGGCUACCAUAUUCUGCUGGAGAAACCAAUGGCUACAACUGCAGAAGACUGCAGAGCAAUUGUGGAGGCUUGCACUCAGAGUGGAGUGAUACUAUCAGUGGGCCAUGUUCUCCGGUAUGAUCCUCUCAUCCACAUGAUUAAGGAGCUGAUAGAUGCUGGAGUCAUAGGUGAUGUGAUGCACAUUCAGCACUUUGAGCCGGUUGGGUUUUAUCACUUUGCUCACUCAUUUGUUCGAGGGAACUGGAGGAAUGAAGCAGAGAGCUCGUUUUCUCUUUUGGCUAAAUCGUGCCACGACAUUGACCUAAUACAUCACUGGGCUGGAGCACGCAGGUGUUUGAAAGUGUCAUCAUUUGGAUCUGUAAGCCACUUCAGAAAAAAACACAAGCCAACAGGUGCUGGAGAUCGCUGCCUGGAUUGUGCAAUAGAAAAAGACUGUCCCUACUCUGCACGCAAAAUCUACCUGGAUAGAGUAAAACAGGGUCACACUGGCUGGCCUGUAUCAGUCAUAUGCCAGAGCUCGGACCCAGACAUCGAGUCAGUAACUGAGGCCCUGAAGACUGGACCAUAUGGCCGCUGUGUCUACGAGUGUGACAAUGACGUCUGCAGUAACCAGGUUGUUAACAUGGAGUUUGAAGGGGGUCUGACAGCAGCCUUUUCCAUGGUGGCUUUCACUGAGGAGAUUUGCAACCGAAAAACAACCAUCUAUGGCAGCAAGGGGGAGCUGUCAUAUGACAGCCAUGAAAUACGUGUGUUUGACUUUCUGACCCAAAGAUCCACAACGCACACGCCACCCAGUGAUGCCCCUGGGCACUUUGCCAUGAGGGGACAUGGUGGAGCAGACUACCAUCUUAUGGAUGCUUUUAUUUCUGCUGUGGCGGUGAGAGCUUCUACAUAAUAUUUUUACAUGUAUUUUGUCAAUGUAUGGUUUUCUGAUUUCUUUUCCUCCUCUGUCCACUCCAGAAUCAACUCAUUUGGUUGUUGCUGUAUGUGAACAGUUCACCUUAUAGUGACAGCUGACCUGUCCUUGCAGUUGUUUGGCCAAAUUUAGGACAGAUAAAGAAUAUUCACUUAAUUUGCAUUCUUGUACAUGUGGAGUAGGCACUAAAACUAAAUUUAUAUCUAGAUUUGGAAACACUGAUUGUGAUGGUUGAUUAGCCGUGUGUGUGUGUGUGUGUGUG